AGAGGGAGAGAAAGGGUGGGAGGAGAAGCUGGGAGGAGAGUUGAAUUAAUGAAUUAAAAUGUCCUGAGUCCAGUUGAGUGACUGAACAGGCUACUUUUUCAUUUAUAAGGAGAGACAAGUGUAAACUUGAGAGAAGAGGACAAUUCAACUUCUACAUGAACCCGCGAACCAUCACAGCUCGAGAUGCAACGGGGACAUUGCAACUAUUUUAUUAUAUAAUAACUCUGUAAUGUUCAACCGGAACCGGUACAGACUGACACUUCAGUCUUAGAGAAACCAUUGAUUUGUCUUUGGUCAAUUCGGGAUUAGAUUCGUAGGCUACAGAAACUUAUUGAUUUUAACGGUUUGUAAAAAUGGUUUUAUUGUCAGGCAUGUUAGAAUUUUAAUGGCAAUAUCUCAAACUACAAUCAGGAUGGAAAUCUGUAGACAAUGAAAGUUGGGUGUCUCGUGCUCAUGCGUGUGAGAGAACUGUCAACAAGUGCGCAUUCCUCCAAUCCAUGACGUCGCACUGAGUAAAAAGUCAACAAAUAGGCAAAUUGAUCAUAACAUACAUUUUUUAAAUGUGUUUGGGGGAUACAAACACUUUUAAAAGUCUCAAAAUUGCAUUCAACAAUUGCAACAAAAGUUUCACUCCUCUUUUUCUUCAUCUCUCUCCCGUUUCACUCCUCUCCCUCCUCACCCCUCCUUCUCCUCACCCCUCUCCCUCCUCACUCCUCACUCCUCUCCCUCCACACCCCUCUCCCUCUCCCUCCUCACCCCUCUCCCUCCUCACCCCUCACCCUCACUCCUCUCCCUCUUCAGCUCUCUCCCUCUUCAGCUCUCUCCCUCUUCAGCUCUCUCCCUCACUCUAAUUUCCACCGUCAAGUCCUUUCCCAUUUAUCCAUUCUAUCCCCCUUCACCCCCGACCUCACUCCUCCAUCAUCAACUCCCCCUCCCACCAUCCCUCCCUUCUUCCCCUGAUAAAGCUGCAGCCAUGACGUCGGCCACUCCCCCCUCCUCGCACGGCUCCUCCCCCCAGAAGGAGUGUCACUCCAUGACACAGACGGAGGUUCUGAAGCCGCUGCUGGGGGCAGGGGGGGCGGAAGGGGUGGGGGUGGCAACUGCGGCAGGGGGGGCAGCAACGGCAGGGGGGGCAGCGAUGGCAGGGGGGGCAGCAACGGCAGGGGGGGCAGCAACGGCAGGGGGGGCAGCGGCAGCAGGGGGGGCAGCGACAGCGGUCUGCGCACUCCGACGGAGACGGCGCGUUCUCUCCAAGGACGGGCACAGCAACGUGCACAUCGAGCAUGUGAGCGGGCGUGGGGCGAUGUACCUGCGUGACAUCUGGACGACCUUCCUGGACAUGCAGUGGCGCUACAAGCUCUUCCUGUUCUCGGCCACCUUCGCCGGGACCUGGUUCCUGUUCGGGGUUCUGUGGUACCUGGUGGCGCUGGUGCAUGGAGACCUGCUAGAGUUUGACCCUCCGUCCAACCACACCCCGUGUGUGAUGCAGGUGCAGACUCUGACGGGGGCGUUUCUCUUCUCACUGGAGUCGCAAACCACAAUUGGCUACGGCUUCCGUUGCAUCACAGAGGAAUGUCCCGCCGCCAUCAUCCUCCUCAUCCUCCAGCUGGUCAUCACCAUGGUGCUUGAGAUCUUCAUCACUGGAACCUUCCUCGCCAAGGUGGCGCGGCCCAAGAAGAGAGGAGAGACAGUGAAGUUCAGUCAGUACGCUGUGGUGUCCAAUCACGAGGGCCGACCCUGCCUCAUGAUCCGUGUGGCUAACAUGCGCAAGAGCCUGCUGCUGGGCUGCUCGGUGACGGGGAAGUUGCUCCAGACGUCCCAGACCAAGGAGGGGGAGACGAUGCGUCUGGACCAGCGGAACGUUCCCUUCCAGGUGGACACGUCCAGCGACAGCCCCUUCCUCAUCCUCCCCCUCACCUUCUACCACAUCAUAGACGACAGCAGCCCGCUCAGAGCCUGGGCUGCCAAGGGAGGGGGAUGGACGGAUCCGGAUCUGGCAGACUUUGAGCUGCUGGUGAUCAUGAGUGCCACGGUAGAGCCCACAUCCGCCACCUGCCAGGUGCGCACCUCCUACCUGCCUGAUGAGAUCCUGUGGGGGUAUGAGUUCCCCCCCGUGGUCUCCCUGUCCUCGUCUGGGAAGUAUGUGGCGGACUUCACCUUCUUCGACAAGGUGGACAAAACGAAAACCCCACCCCUCUUCAAACAGGCCCCCCCCCCAAGCCCGGCCAUACACUCGUCCCGCAGCAGCAGAGGGGGCGCAGAGGAAGGGGCGGACCCAGAGAAGAUUAAACUAGAGGAGAGCUAUCGAGGGGAGGAGAGGGGGAGGGGCGGGGGGGAGGGGCAGGGGGAGGGGGAGAGACAGUAGCCCCCUCAGUGUCCGUAUCAGUAAUGUAUAGAGAGAGAGAGGAUGGAGGGAGAGAGAGAGAGGAAGAGAGAGAGAGAGAGAGAGCAUGAAUGAGAUGGAAUGAGAGAGUUACGAGAAACGAGAAAAGAGAGCAGACUGUAUGGAGAUUGAUAACUUAUCAAGUGAGAAUAAAAAGUUGAAGGAAUGAGAGAUGAGCUGCUCCUCUGUUGGGAAAUGUGAACACACACACACACACACACACACACUCCUUUUUUGGACUUUAUGCGUUUGUAUUGCCCCUUGUAAGGAUUCAACAGGUGAUGUUCUUCAAAGGAACAUAAUACAUCCCAUUUGUGUCCACUGUCCGGUAAUCAAAGAUGGACCAAGAAAGCUUUUUAAACUUAAUUUGUCUGUAUUUUUUAUAAGAAGACUUUGUGUGACUGGAAAGGUCAAGGUUGACUGGUUUACCAGGACAAAACAUGGUUCACGAGGACAUAAUCAAAGGAACCAUGCAGUGGAGGCUGCUGAGGGGAGGACGGCUCAUAAUAAUGUCUGGAACAGAGUAAAUGGAAUGGCAUGGAAACCAUGUGUUUGAUGUAUUCGAUAACAUUCCACCUAUUCCACUCCAACCAUUACCACAAGCCCAUCCUCCCCAAUUAAGGUACCACCAUCCUCCUGUGGAAUCAUUGUACUGUUACUGUUUUUAACACAGAAAGGUACUCUGUCUGCAGGACAUGAGAGUGGAAAUACUGGAUACUUUUUUUUUUUUUUUUUAAGGAUUUUGAUUGAAUAUAUGAUAUCGUAUGUAUACUGUAUGUAUCUGUCCCUAACGAUGCGAUAUCCAGCAGUACUUAUUCAUCUGAGUAUAUGCUUAGCAGGGUUGGGGUCCAUUCCAUUUAAAUUCCGGUAAAUUCACAAAGUAAACCAAAUUCCAAUUCCAAAUUUUCAUUGUCACUCAUUGAAAAGCACUGAAGAGAAAUGAAAUUGGAAUUGGAAUUCCAGUGUACUUCCUGAAUUGACUAGAAUUGAAAUGUAAUUAAUUCCAACCCUGAUGUUUAGUGUUUCUGUUAUUUUUUAUUUUAUUUUUCACAGGAAAAUAUGUAUGUUAACAAUACUAAAAGCACUUUAACUUGAUGGUGUUUGUGUACACAAGCAUAUUUAUGUUUCAGUCAAUGUGCGUGUGAGACUGCAUGUAUGUGUGUUUUAACAUGUUCAUAUGCAGGUACUUGUUAUUCCUCCUGUACUUCAAUACCUGAUCACUCCUGUGGUCAUUCUAAAACGUGCCACUAAACUGUGCCUUUUGAUGUGCCAGUGUCUGUGCAGUCGAGCAUCAGAUUUCAAUAUCAUAUGGUGUGGUUAGCUGACAUGUUAAACACCUAUCCACUCGUUGUGAGAUCUGGUAGGCGUCUGCAAUGAAGUCAGGCAAGAAUGCUACCAUUGCCUGUGAUUGGUUAUAAUGUGUUGGCCAGGCCAGGUCCCAUCUGUAAUACUGCAACCUCAUCACCCUAACAGAUAAUAUACUAUGAAGUGUUGCCCAGGCCAGGUCCCAUCUGUAAUACUGGAACAGAUAAUAUACAAUGAAAUGUCUGUUUUUAAUAAAAGUGCAGAUUUACAACA